GUCAUAGCCUCAGAUCCUUGCAAUUUAGGGGUGAGCCGAAGGAGUGACAGGCAAAACGUGCGAUCCAAUGCACAGGCAACAAUCGUCUUUGAAAGUAACACUGCAUCAAACCUGCGCCUGCCGACAGCCUAUCAGCAAUGCCCGUUAGCCACACUGAUGCGGCCUUACCCAAUCAGCUGAGGAACUGCGACCAUGCUGCUACGCCGGGGAACGCUGGAAUUUAUAAGUGCUGAUUUGGAGAGCGUGUCGCAUCUCUCUGGACACCGGGGUACCCACACAUCGCAAAGGGUGCGGCUGUUCAAUAGUGAGGAGGCUUCACACCGCAUUCGUCUUUCAUCAUGAGGGAAAUCGUGCACAUCCAAGCAGGACAGUGUGGAAACCAGAUCGGUGCUAAGUUCUGGGAAGUGAUCAGCGAUGAGCACGGUAUCGACCCUACCGGCAGUUACUAUGGCGACAGCGACCUACAGCUGGAGAGAAUUAACGUGUACUACAACGAAGCCACUGGUAACAAGUUCGUCCCUCGCGCCAUCCUCGUGGAUCUAGAGCCCGGCACCAUGGACUCUGUCAGGUCUGGGCCUUUCGGACACAUUUUCAGGCCGGACAAUUUUGUGUUCGGUCAGAGCGGGGCUGGAAAUAACUGGGCGAAAGGUCAUUACACAGAGGGGGCAGAGCUGGUGGACUCAGUCCUGGACGUGGUGAGGAAGGAGUCAGAGAGUUGUGACUGCCUGCAGGGCUUCCAGCUCACCCACUCUUUAGGAGGGGGUACAGGGUCCGGCAUGGGCACCCUGCUCAUCAGCAAGAUCCGCGAGGAGUACCCUGACCGCAUCAUGAACACGUUCAGCGUCAUGCCCUCCCCGAAGGUGUCGGACACAGUGGUGGAGCCCUACAACGCCACACUCUCAGUGCACCAGCUGGUGGAGAACACGGACGAGACCUAUAGCAUCGACAACGAGGCACUCUACGACAUCUGCUUCCGCACACUCAAGCUGACCACGCCCACUUACGGUGACCUCAACCACCUGGUUUCCGCCACCAUGAGCGGGGUGACCACCUGCCUGCGCUUCCCGGGCCAGCUAAACGCCGACCUCCGCAAGCUGGCUGUCAACAUGGUGCCCUUCCCCCGCCUGCACUUCUUCAUGCCGGGCUUCUCCCCCCUCACCAGCAGGGGGAGCCAGCAGUACCGCGCUCUCUCCGUGCCCGAGCUCACCCAGCAGAUGUUUGACGCCAAGAACAUGAUGGCAGCCUGCGACCCGCGCCACGGCCGCUACCUGACGGUGGCCGCCAUAUUCCGCGGGCGGAUGUCCAUGAAGGAGGUGGACGAGCAGAUGCUCAAUGUGCAGAACAAGAACAGCAGCUACUUCGUGGAGUGGAUCCCCAACAACGUGAAGACCGCCGUCUGCGACAUCCCGCCGCGUGGCCUCAAGAUGUCCGCCACCUUCAUCGGCAACAGCACCGCCAUCCAGGAGCUUUUCCGCCGCAUCUCGGAGCAGUUCACCGCCAUGUUCCGCCGCAAGGCCUUCCUGCAUUGGUACACCGGCGAGGGCAUGGACGAGAUGGAGUUCACUGAGGCCGAGAGCAAUAUGAACGACUUGGUAUCCGAGUACCAGCAGUACCAGGAUGCCACUGCUGAUGAGCAGGGCGAGUUCGAGGAGGACGAGCUGGAUGACGACGCGUGACUUCUCCGCCGAUGGUGUCGAUCCAAAGCACACUUGUCCCGGUUUUGGCCUUUAAAGCAAUCCAUCAUGCUGACAUGCUGAAACAAAAGUGCAUUUCUAACCAUUGCUGUUAAUGUAACAGUGAGUUCUGGUGUGAUUGUGUGAGCUACAGUAGCUACCAUACAUGUCCCUGAGCCAAAGCUGGUCUCAGGUAACAAAUCAUUCUCAUAACAUUCCUGUGACCUUUUAAUAAAGUUAUCAUGUGGCCACAAUGUCACAAGAAUGUUAGCUUUGAAGUCAGUGUCUGUUUGCAUUUCAUAUGAAUACCUGAUAUAUGGAAUAUCUGGUAUAUGAUAUACCAUUUUCAGCAACAGGUGUGAAUUAAGUGCUGCUGUGCCUAUCUGGCCCAAAGAAAUGUGUGAGAUGUAUGGAAAUAACUGAAACUGAAAGCUGUUACAAAUGUUAUUAAACAUUUAUUGAGGGUCCAUAUUAUACUAAGUGUCAUGGCUGUAUGUCCUUGAUUUAAUUAAACAAAUACAUUAAAAAUUGAGAUGGCUGAUGUGUGCAAUUCUACAGAUAGCAUUACAACAAAUAUGCUUUCGUAAGCUCAAAUAAUAAGUAUAUGACCUUGUUUGUUAAAGAGCUCAGCUCAUGGUCACUGUUUUCAGUGUUCAUUAACGUUUUAAAUGGUAUAGUGAGCAUACUUAGCCAUUGCGUUAGUUGUUUUGCAUCCAAUGCAUCUGAGAAAUGAUGGUCAUUUUUAAACUCUAUAGUUCACCGCCCAUGAUAUUUAAGUCUACAUUCACUGUUACCCUGAUAUGAACACUUUAAAACAAAACAUUUGAGAAAAAGGUUUAUUAUA